AUGCAUGCGCUCAUAGUCGAGCUAGGGGGAUCCUCCUCUCUGCUUAAGUCUCCAGUCUGCCGGGCAUUUCACUGUUGCAUCCAAAGAUUCCAAAGCCGCACGUCAAGCGAAACUCUCUCACACACACACUCCCCUCCCCUAGCUCCCUCCUACCCUUCAUUAUUCCUCAUUCCCCUCAUUUCGUGCCAUCUCAUCUCAAUUGGGGAUGUUUAA